CCGACUCUAGCGAAAACAACGUAACCACGGCAACUUCACCUGUACCUGAUCACAUCAUGAAGACAGCCGUCAUUCUGUGUCUGCUCGUGGCAGCAGUCAGCGCCAGCGACUACGGCGGCAGUUACGGCACCUAUGACAACGUCGGCACGGUGAACGCUGGCCGGCCACACACCGGCUACGGACACACCUACGCCCCGGAGUUCUUCACGACGGGCCUGUACGGACCGAGGGCCGACGCCCGUGCCUACGGAUCCGGAUCAAAGCACGCCAGCGGCUCGUACGUACGUGACGGCCAGGCGGCCGGCGCUGACUACGAGAAGGAUGAAGCCACGGCAGCAGAGACCGCCGCCAAGGCGAGAGGUUACGAGUACGGAUACAGUGAUGGAUUCAACUGGUACCAGCCCAAGGAUCUCUACAGCUUCAAAUACCGGCAGCCGCUCAUCGGUUACAAGCAGUUGUACUCGCAUCCGAGGUACGUCCGGAUCGGAGGUUACGGAAGCCACGGAGGCGGAUACGGCGGCAACCUUGGAUACAGUAACAUCGGAUAUGGCUCGGGUCACGGCGCCACCUUGGGUCACGGCGCAGUCGGCUACGGUGGGCUAGGGUACAGCAGUGGAAUCGGUGGGGGCCGGCUGGGACUAGGGUAUGGAGGUGGGUACGGUAACAGGCGGUUCGGUUACAAUGCAGGACAGGGAUACGGUACGGGUGCCUUCAGCCAGAGCUACGGCCGUGGCCUAGGGGGCAGCUAUGGAGGUGGGUACGGAGGCAGGCUUGGAGGUUACGGGGGUGGGUACGGAGGCAGGCUUGGAGGUUACGGAGGUGGGUACGGAGGCAGGCUUGGAGGUUACGGAGGUGGGUACGGAGGCAGGCUUGGAGGCUACGGGGGUGGUUACGGAGGCAGGCUUGGAGGAUACGGAGGUGGGUACGGAGGCAGGCUUGGAGGAUAUGGGGGUGGUUACGGAGGCAGGCUUGGAGGAUAUGGGGGUGGUUACGGAGGCAGGCUUGGAGGAUAUGGGGGUGGCUAUGGGGGUGGCUAUGGAGGUGGGCUUGGCUACGGAGGCAGUUAUGGACGUGGUCUCGGUUAUGGAGGCGGUUAUGGGGGUAACCUGGGUUAUGGGGGUGGUUAUGGCGGAGGUCUUGGCUUUGGAAGACACUAAGGGAUUUCGGAUGUCACUGAAUAAGACCACGAACGGACAACGAUGGAUUUAUGACCGAAGGAACUCUUCUGAUUAAUAACUAAUACAAUUAAUAUUCAUUGAUUAGUCGGCCUAUAGAUGUCACCACCAGAUCAUAAAACACAAAUCAUACCCGAACUCACGAGAAUAUCACACUCGUGUAGACGAUUAUCUUUUUUGUUAUGGUUGUUUCUAUUUGAUUGUACUAUUAUAUUAUAUUAAAAUAUAUAUCAAUUUGUUAAA